UCACAGGUCGAGAGUUUGUUGCAACUACAGGCUCAAAUGGGACCUUCUAUGGCGAGUGGAGACACCGAUGAUGACACUAAGGCAGAAGCCAUUGGAAUGACAGCCACCUUACUGAGCAGUGGACAGCUCAACAACAUGCCACCAGCUGCACAGCUUAGUGCUAUCACAAAUGCAGCAGCAUCUAUGGGAAGCUCGUUGGCAACAAUGUCAGUAACAGUAGAAACUGAAGUUGGACCCCUUGAGGCCGAUCCAGAGGAAGCCGUGUCUUUUGAAGUCGACCCCAAUAAUCUGAAAACUGAUUCAGAACUUGAGGCUGAGAGACUUGCCCAACUUGAAAAAGAAAAGAAAGCAGAA